AUGAGCGUCAAGGCGAACCCCGGCGACAAGGUCGUCCUGGCCUACAGCGGCGGCCUCGACACGUCCAUCAUCCUCAAGUGGCUCGUCAACAAGGGCUUCCAGGUCGUCUGCUACUGCGCCAACGUCGGCCAGUUUGGCGAAAACUUUGAAAAAGUCCAGGCCAAGGCCAUGGCGCUUGGCGCCGCCAAGGUCUACAUCGAGGACCUCCGCAAGGAGUUUGUCGUCGACUACCUCUGGCCCGCGGUCCAGGCCAACGCCAUCUACGAGUCGCGCUACCUCCUCGGCACGUCGCUCGCGCGCCCGGUCAUUGCCAAGAAGAUGGUCGAGAUCGCCGAGAAGGAAGGCUGCAAGUACGUGGCGCACGGCGCGACGGGCAAGGGCAACGACCAAGUGGCGCCGGACGCGGCCGAGAAGAUCCGCAUCACGUUUGAGAACGGCGUGCCGGUCCAGGUGGCCAACCUCACGACGCCGUCGUCGCCCGUGCUCACGGACCCGCUCGAGCUCUUUCUCGAGCUCAACCGUCUCGGCGGCAAGCACGGCGUCGGCCGCAUCGACAUUGUCGAGAACCGGUUCGUCGGCAUCAAGAGCCGCGGCGUGUACGAGACGCCGGGCGGCACCAUCCUCCGCGACGCGCACCUGGACCUCGAGGGUCUCUGCAUGGACCGCGAGGUCAUGAAGCUCCGCGACGCGCUCAGCGUCAAGUUUGCCGAGUUUUGCUACAACGGCUUUUGGUUUGCGCCCGAGAUGGACUUUGUCCGGCACGCGAUUGCAUUUUCGCAAAAGGCGAUUGCGGGCCACGUCGACGUCGAGCUCUACAAGGGCAACGUCACGAUCACGGGCCGCUACUCGGACGUCGCGCUCUACUCGGCCGACCUCGCCAGCAUGGACAUGGAAGGCGGCGGCGCCAACAUCGAGUACAACCCGAGCGACGCGCAAGGCUUCAUUCGCAUCAACGCGACGCGGCUCAAGGCGUACAACUGCAUCCAGAAAAAGUCGGCGUAA